UUCUGCUUCCUGCUUGUUCUUGUCGCUUGUUUUUGUUUGUUUUGUUGUUUGUUGAUGUUUGAGUCGCUUGGGUUUGCUUUUGGCUGUUGAAAUUAUGGAAGCAAAACAAGAAAUUAACGAGGAAAAGGAAACGUGUAAAAUAGAAAUAGAGUAUAAUCACUUGGAUGAUGCUGUUUUGGAUGUCUUUAAAUAUGAAAUUCAGGAGGAAACCAAAAGGGAAAAAACUCAUGACCCACGCGGUUCUUUAGACUUUGAGAAAUUUCCCAUAAAUACUGAAAUAGAACAUGGAAAUAAACUUGACCAAUUUGAAGAAAACAAAAAAACUGAUACAGAUCAUAUCCAAGAGAACAAGAUGGCCGUUAUAGAGACAAAUACUCAACAUUCAUCUAACGAAGAAAAUUCUAGGAAUCCACAUGCUGAAGGAAAAACAUCAAAUAAAAAGAAGAAAGUUGUGACUGGAAAAAGACCUUAUAAAUGUGAAAUUUGUUCAAAACAGUUUAUUUGUGCAAGUGCUUUGACAAGACAUUCGAGAGUACAUACUGGACAAAAACCACACAAGUGUGAAAUUUGUUUUAAGCAAUUUAGUCAAGCAGUUGGUUUAAAAAGACAUUUGCUAGUGCACACUGGAGAAAAACCUUAUCAGUGUGAUAUUUGUUCAAAACGGUUUCCUCAAAAAGAUCGAUUAAUUCCUCACAUGACAGUUCACAACGGAAAUAAACCUUUAAAGUGUGAAAUUUGUUAUAAGUCGUAUAAUUCACCAUAUCAAUUAAAACUGCAUUUAAGAGUGCAUAGUGGAGAAAAACCAUACAAGUGUGAAAUUUGUUUUAAGGAAUUUAGCAUAGCAGGUAAUUUGAAAAUGCAUUUGAGAAAGCACACUGGAGAAAAACCUCACAAGUGUGAGAUUUGUUUUAAGCAAUUUGGUGAAGCAUUUAGUUUAAAAACACAUUUAAGAGUACACACUGGAGAAAAACCUCACAAGUGUGAAAUUUGUUUUAAGCAAUUUAGCAUAGCAGGUAAUUUGAAAAUGCAUAUGAGUGUGCAUACUGAAGAAACACCUCACAAGUGUGAUAUUUGUUUUAAGCAAUUUAAAAAAACAAGUAAUUUGAAAACACAUUUGAAAGUGCACACUGGAGUAGUAAAACCUCACAAGUGUGAAAUUUGUUUUAAGCAAUUUAGGAAUGUAUCUGGUUUAAAAUUACAUUUGCGAGUGCACACUGGAGAAAAACCUCACAAGUGUGAAAUUUGUAAUAAGCAGUUUAGUCAAGCAGGUGCUGUGAAAGUACAUUUGAAAGUGCACACUGGAGAAAAACCCCACGAAUGUGAAAUUUGUUUUAAGCGGUUUAGUGAAGCAGUUCAUUUGAAAACACAUUUAAGAGUGCACACUGGAGAAAAACCAUACAAAUGUGAAAUUUGUUUUAAGCAAUUCAGUGAAACAGGUACUUUAAAAAAACACUUACAAGUACAUACGGGAGAAAAACCUCAUAAGUGUGAAAUUUGUUUAAAGCAAUUUAGUAAAGGAAGUAGUUUAAAAAAACAUUUGAGGCUGCAUACGGGAGAAAAACCUUACAAGUGUGAAAUUUGUUUAGAACAGUUUGUUCACAAAUUUCAAUUAACUUUUCACAUGACAGUUCACACUGGUGAAGAACCUCAUAAGUGUGAAUUUUGUUUUAAACUGUUUAGUCAUGCACAUGGAUUAAAAACACAUUUGAGAGUGCACACUGGGGAAAAACCAUACAAGUGUGAAAUUUGUUUUAGACAAUUUUCCGGGAAAACUAGCUUGAAAGAUCACAUGGGAUUGCACACUGGGGAAAAACCUCACAAGUGUGAAGUUUGUGCUAAGCAGUUUAUUAGAACAAAUCAAUUGAAAGUACAUUUGAGAGUGCACACCGGGGAAAAACCUUAUAAGUGCGAAAUUUGUUUUAAGCAAUUUGGUGUAGGAGGUGCUUUAAAAAAACAUCUGAGAAUGCAUACAGGAGAAAAACCUCACAAGUGUGAAUUUUGUGAUAAGCAAUUUACAGAAAAAUGUAGUUUAAAAAAACAUUUGAGAGUGCACACUGGAGAAAAACCUUAUCAGUGUGAAGUUUGUUCAAAACGGUUUACUCAAAAAGUUCAUUUAACUGCUCACAUGACAGUUCACACCGGAGAAGCACUUAACAAGUGUGAAAUUUGUUCUAAGCAGUUCAUUACAGCACAUAAUUUGAAAGUACAUUUAAAGUUACACACUGGGCAAAAACCUUAUCAGUGUGAAGUUUGUUCAAAACGGUUUGCUAAAAAAGGUCAACUUACUACUCACGUCACAGUUCACACUGGAGAAAAACCUCACAGGUGUGAAAUUUGUUUUUAUCAGUGUCGUACUACUGGUGAUUUGUCGAAACAUUUGAUGGUGCAUACUGACGAAAGACCUCACAAGUGUGAAAUUUGUGAUAAGCAAUUUCGUCAAACAAGUAAUUUGAAAGCACAUUUGAUUACACAUACUGGAGAAAAGCUUCACAAAUGUGAAAUUUGUGAUAAAUCAUUUAGUACAGCAGGUAAUUUAAAAAACCAUUUGAGAGUGCACACUGGUGAAACACCUUAUCAGUGUGAAAUUUGUGAUAAGCAAUUUAAUCAAGCAAAUAGUUUAAAAAAACAUUUGAAAGUGCAUACCUCACAAGCGUGAAAUUUGUUUUAAGCAAUUUAGUCACACAUCUGAUUUGAAAAGACAUUUAAGAACAUAUACUAGAGAAAAACGUUAGAAUGCGAGAUUUUUUUUAAUAAGCACUUUUCUGUGAAAAGUAAAUUGAAAAUUAAAUUCGUAAAAAAAAUGUUACCAAAUACUUUGGCUUAUAUGUACAUUGAUAAUCGACUGACAUGCGAACAGCAUAUAUUGAACGGGUCUACCCCAACAUCCCGACACGUCAGAACACCGACAGGUUUGAUAAGUUUCUUUUUAAUAUAUAAUUACAUUUAUUUCCUGUUUUUUGUUUAUGGCCAUGUUUUUUAUUUUUUGUUACUAAACAAAAGUAUUUUGUAUUAAAAGUAUUAAACACCUGUGUUGAGCUGCCCCCCCCACUUGCAAAAAUUAAAAAACAAAUAGCCCUGAUUUAUGAGCUAUUUAUGAGCUCUCAUAUUCCGCAAACUAAAAAUUUUGAGCUCGUUCCACUGGGCAGGAAUUUAAUACCCCAGGCUGAGUCAGCCCCC